UCGGGGUCCCGUUAACCGGAGAUAUGAGUGGGGGAGGGGGGAACAGCUCGGCUCCCGGACGCUUCGCCGACUAUUUCGUUAUCAGCGGUCUGGACACCGACACCGGGCUGGAACCGGACGAGCUCUCCGCGCUCUGUGAGUACAUUCGCGCCUCUAGAGACAGAGACGGUCUUGGACGGUUCCAGUCGUUAGCGCCAGAAGGAGAGAAUUUCGAGCAGACCCCCCUCCGCCGCACCUUCAAGUCUAAGGUCCUAGCGCGAUAUCCGGAGAAUGUGGAGUGGAACGCCUUCGACCAGGACGCGGUGGGCAUGCUGUGUAUGCCCAAGGGUCUGUCGUUCCGGACUCAGGCGGACUGUCGGGCCCCUCAGUUCCAUUCUUUUAUCAUCACGCGGGAGGACGGCUCCAGGACGUUCGGUUUCGCGCUCACCUUCUUCGAGGAGGUCACCAGUAAGCAGAUCUGUAGCGCCAUGCAGACCCUGUACCACAUGCACAACGCAGAGUAUGACAUCAUACACAUGUCCGCCACCAACGGGGGCAGCAGCGAGUGCCCGGAGGACUGCACCGACUCCUCUGUCAGCAAACUGCAGCGCUUCAACUCCUACGACAUCACGCGCGACACCCUGUAUGUCUCCAAGUGCAUCUGCCUCAUCGCCCCCAUGUCCUUCAUGACCGCCUGCAAGAAGGUUCUAGAGCAGCUGCACCAGGCCGUCACCUCCGCCCAGCCCCCGCCACUGCCCCUGGAGAGCUACAUCUACAACAUCCUCUACGAGGUCCCUCUGCCCCCGGCCGGGAGGUCCCUGAAGUUCUCCGGGGUCUACGGGCCAAUCAUCUGCCAGAGGCCGAGCACCAACGAGUUACCGCUAUUCGACUUCCCUGUGAGAGACGUCUUCGAGCUCCUGGGGGUGGAGAAUGUCAUCCAGCUAUUCACCUGCGCCCUUCUGGAGUUCCAAAUCCUCCUCUACUCACAGCAUUACCAGAGAUUGAUGACGGUGGCGGAGACAAUCACCGGCCUGAUGUUCCCGUUCCAGUGGCAGCACGUCUACGUCCCCAUCCUGCCGGCCUCGCUCCUGCACUUCCUGGACGCCCCGGUGCCAUAUUUGAUGGGUUUACACUCCAAUGGUUUGGAUGACAGGUCGAAGCUGGAGCUGCCGCAGGAGGCUAACCUCUGCUUCGUGGAUAUAGACAACCAUUUUAUCGAGUUACCAGAAGAUCUCCCCCAGUUCCCCAACAAGCUGGAGUUCAUCCAGGAGGUGUCGGAGGUCCUCAUGUCCUUCGGGAUCCCACCCGAGGGGAACCUGCACUGCAGCGAGAGCGCCUCCAAGCUGAAGAACCUGAAGACGGCCAACAUGGUGUCCGACAAGAAGAACGGGAACCUGGCGGGGUCACCUCUCAAUUCCUUUGAUCUCCUGAAGGAGAAUGAGACGCUGGCGCGGAUCCAGGCGCUGGUGAAGAGGACGGGCGUGAGCCUGGAGAAGUUGGAAGUUAAGGAGGAGACGGUCGGUAAGAAGGACGCGAAAUUCCAGUGCGACGAGGAGGAGCUCCGCGUCCACCAGCUGAACAUCCACAUCCGCGAGGUCUUUGCCAACCGCUUCACCCAGAUGUUCGCCGACUACGAGGUGUUCGUCAUCCAGCCCAACCAAGACAAAGAGUCCUGGUUCACCAACCGCGAGCAGAUGCAGAACUACGACAAGGCCUCCUUCCUGUCGGACCAGCCAGAACCGUACUUGCCUUUCCUCUCGCGUUUCCUUGAGACGCAGAUGUUCGCCUCCUUCAUCGACAAUAAGAUCAUGUGCCACGACGACGACGACAAGGACCCGAUUUUACGGGUUUUCGACGCCAGAGUGGACAAGACGCGACUGUUAAACGUCCGGACGCCGACCCUGCGCACCUCCAUGUAUCAGAAGUGCACGGCCUUCGAGGACGCAGUGAAGGCCAUAGAACUGCGACUAUCCAAGAUGGAUCAUACCGCCAUCCACCCGCACCUCCUGGACAUGAAGAUCGGACAAGGGAAAUAUGAGCCGGGGUUCUUCCCUAAACUGCAGUCAGAUGUGCUGUCCACCGGACCCGCCACCAACAAGUGGACUAAGAGAAACGCGCCGGCACAAUGGAGGCGGAAAGACCGACAGAAGCAGCACACCGAGCACCUGUGGCUGGACAAUGACCAGAGGGAGAAAUACAUCCAGGAGGCGAGAAAUAUGGGCACCGGCAUCCGUCAGCCCAAGCUCUCUAACCUGUCGCCCUCCGUCAUCGCCCAGGCCAACUGCAAGUUCGUAGAGGGUUUGCUGAAGGAGUGUCGUAAUAAGACCAAGAGGAUGCUGGUGGAGAAGAUGGGCCGGGAGGCGGUGGAGCUGGGCCACGGGGAGGUCAGUAUCACCGGCGUGGAGGAGAACACGCUGAUCGCCAGCCUCUGCGACCUCCUGGAGCGGAUCUGGAGCCACGGCCUCCAAGUCAAACAGGGGAAGUCGGCCUUGUGGUCCCAUCUGCUCCAUUAUCAGGACAACCGGAGGAGGUUGAACGCCGGGAGCCUCAACUACACAGAAUUAUUUCUGGAUAUUGAAAGAAGGAAAUCUGAUCCCAAUCCAGUGAUGGCUCCGAUGAAGAUCUCGCUGGUCCAGGACAUGUUGCACAUACAGAAUAUUGGGGAGAUAAAGACGGACGUGGGGAAGGCUCGGGCCUGGGUCAGAUUGUCCAUGGAGAAGAAACUUCUGUCCAGACACCUGAAACAACUUCUACUGGAUCAUGAAUUAACCAAUAUCUCGGGUGAGAUGGGUGAGACGGGUGUCCGGCAGGUUCCCAGGAACAUUCUGGAGAUGACCCUGGAGUGCCAAAAUCUCGGCAAGCUGACGACCGUGCAGAUCGGACACGACAACUCCGGGCUGUACGCCAAGUGGCUGGUGGAAUACCUCAUGGUCCGGAACGAGAUCACCGGCCACACGUACAAGUUCCCCUGCGGCCGCUGGUUGGGGAAGGGGAUGGAUGAUGGGAGUUUGGAGAGGGUCUUGGUUGGCGAUCUCCUGACGGGCACGCCGGACACCGAGGAGAGACCCUGCCGGACACCCCCGCUGCAGCACUCCCCGGGCAUGAUCCGGAGGCUGGUGGCCAUAUCACCCAACAACAGACCCAGACUAAACACCGGGCAGAUCCAGGAGGCCAUCGGAGAAGCUGUGAACGGAAUCGUCAAACAUUUCCACAAGCCAGAGAAAGAGAGGGGGAGUCUGACGCUGUUGCUGUGCGGGGAGUGCGGUCUGGUCGCUGCGCUCGAGCAGGUUUUUCAGCAUGGAUUCAGGUCUCCGCGACUAUUCAAAAGUAUCUUCAUCUGGGACUUUUUAGAGAAAGCACAAGCUCACUAUGAUGCCCUGGACCUGAGGGACUCCGCGCUGGGCGAGGACUGGCAGAAGAGAGUCCUGACCUUCAGCCGCUUCAUCACUGCCAUAAACAGCACCCCCAGAAACAUUGGCAAAGAUGGAAAGUUCCAAAUGUUUGUGUGUCUGGGAGCCCGGGAUCAUCACUUGCACCACUGGAUCGCCCUUCUGGCCGACUGCCCGGUCAUAGCCCAGGUGUACGAGGACUCGGCCCUCAUAAAGGACCACACCCUGGUCAACUCGCUGAUCCGCGUCCUGCAGAUGCUGCAAGAGUUCAACAUCACCCUGGAGAGCUCCCUGAUCAAAGGGAUCAACAUCUGACCCCCCCCACAGCAUAGCCAAACCCAGAGAUCUAUGAGUACUGUGCACGGAGCGCCCCCGUGUGGUCUAUUACAGAGUAUCUCUAUUUAUGUAAACGCUAUAGGUUACAUCCUUUCAUAUGAGAGAGGUGACAGUGAAUAUCGCACGGCUUAUUGUCAAGCUGUCCUAUUUACUCGCCAUGGAGCCGCGUUCCGAGCCAUUCACAGGAUCAUGUGGAGAGUCGCCAUCUUGGUUGUCGUUUUUCCGUCUGUUACAUUUUUGGGAUAUUUUUGUUUUUGUCGGCUCCUCAUCCCUUUAUUUGCUGUUACAGGAAAGAAACAAAAAAAAUAAUCUAUAUUUUUACCUUUUUUCAUGCUCGCCGCCGUGUUUGGGGUCAUGUGGGGUUUUCUCGUCAGUAUUACCUUGUGAUUAGCGGGAGAGUCUUUAUAUAUUGCGCCAUAAAUGCACAGAUCACGUUUUUUAUUAUUCAUAUGCCUUGUUUUAUUUAUUUAACUCAUCAUGUUUUCCUAACUGUAGCCUGCCCCUCCCCCGGCACUGAGGGCACAUGAUGACGGAGGGCGUCCUCUCUUUCGGAUCACCCUCUUCCCGCUGAUUCGCCCCUUGUCCGUCCGGAUCACAGCUGAGAUUUACUUUAUGACGUAUUUUAUCAGAGUUAUUUAUGCUGCUUCAUGUUUCUCCAACAUGCAAUAAACAAGCGGCGGUCCGGCUGCCCAUCGUCUCAUGCUCGCCCCGCGCCACCCCCCGGUUCAGGUGCAGGAGGCAUUUUGCACAGAUCAGGUUACAAAAAAAUAAAUUUCAUUAAUUUACACAA